CGCUCUCUGUCUUUCUCUGUUUUGUUUUUUUUUUCCUUCCAACCUCCCCGCAGCUCCUCAACGAUUCCCAUUCGGUCCCUCCAGAACGCACCCCGAUGAGAGUUUUUCAGCAGAGCUCCAGAGGAGCUGUUCAUCUGCUCUACACAGAGGCAAGGAAGGAGUGCUGCAAAGGAGAGGAAGACGCGAACGGGCACUGGGCAGCCUGCUUUUGGUCCUUGAUGACAAACUGGUGGCUGCUCCGGUAGAGCCAGGCGUGAGACUGAAAGUUGUGCCUUGGAGUUCACAGACUUGGCUGGAAAGUCAGGAACAACUUGCAGCUGGCCUUCUCCAUGGACGGGAGGGUUUUCUCAGUUCAAUGAAACCACCUGAGGAAUGUGAAAUAUCCUCCUGGAGAGGAAGGAAGCAUGCCAAGCCCAACUAUGAGGGAGUAAGGUGGACUUUUGCUCUUCGGUUUGUUUUGAGAUCUAGAGGUGGGGGGGUGAGGAAGGAAGAGUAUAGGUAUCUAUGAAGGGAGGAGAAGAAGAGACGCAGGACCCAAUGCCAGCCGCCAAGAUGACAGAGACACUUCAACUGCCAUCACUGCAAGUCCCAGAGCCACAGGUGGUACAGCGUGGCCAUGCCUGGUCCAGUUCCUCCACUCCAACCCUGCGCCGAAGGCGUUUCAAGUUGAGGCGCACAAGGAAUGCCGAAGAGCAGAAUCCAGGGACUGUAACCUCCUCCUCUAAGGAGUUCCUUCAGCUUCCCUCCAUUGAAAUUACCCCAUCCAGUGAUGAAGACACACCUUGGUCCAACUGCUCCACACCUAGUGCCUCUCCCCGGCGCAAGCGCUUCCUCCUUCGCAAGUGGUUGAAUGUCAGGGAGAAGAAAGAAUGCAGUGAGAGCAGCAGUCAACACAGCAGUCAUGAUGAUGAUCCUCGACUUCUGAGCCCCCGACUGCGUGAUGACAGGUCUCUCAAACCCAUCACAGAAGUUGGAACGACACAUUUAAGGUGCUGUCUCCGAGAAAGAACCAGGCUGCCAGUGGCUGGAAUGAAGCAUGCUUCCAUGAAUUUUGUAGUGCACACAACAGUUCUGCAGGAAACUUUUCCAUUCUCUAGGCUGGUUUUACACUAA